AUGGCCGACAGCAACCCAGCGGCCCUUCGCCAGCGCCUGCGCGACUUGUCUUUUAGCCUGCCCGCCGCCCACGAGGCGCUCCGGGGCGUCGCCGUGCCCUCGGCGCUCGGCCGGCGGGCCACGCGGCUCUGCGUGAUCCGCGGCAUCCGGCACCACGCCGCCUUUGCCUGCACGCCCGAGGCGCAAGCACUCCGCGCGUGGCCUGAGUUUGCUCGCGCCCUCAACGCGCGCGCCAUCAUGAGCGACGCCAUCCCGGACAUGGCCGGGGACGGGGACGGGGACGAGGUCCCAUACUGCAUCUGGUACCCGGAGACGGCGGCGGAGGAGACGUACCGGGAGCUGGCGCGGCGGUACCCGCGGAUGGCGCAGCAGGUGGCGCGCGCGUGCGCGGUGGCGGGGUACGCGGCGCUGUACGGGGAGCUGCGCGCGACGGGUACGGUGUUGCCGGACGUGGCGGUCGCGGAGGAGGCGAGGGCGUGUGGAAGCGUGGAGAUCUACGAGGCGGUGAUGCGAGAGCCGGUUAGGUACGGCGUCAUGGACGACUAUAGCCGGUCGAUCCGGGCGGAUCCGCAGCCGUCGGGGCUCAACGGAGACACGGCCGUGCGGCCGAUGCUAGAGGUCAGGCAACGGUUGGAGACGCCCUCUGGCUACGAGACGCGUGUUAUCGACGGUGACAGCGACGGCAAUGAAGAUGACAGCGACGACGAAUUUGACAUGUUUCCCAACGCGGGCUUCGAGGAGGCCACCUUUGACAUCACCGAGGACCUCUGCAUCGACGAGCGCGCCUCGCCGGAGGACGACGACCGCCCCCCCACGGCCGAGCAGCUCGCCAUGGCCGCGUACCUCGACAAGCCGCUCCCCGCGGACCUCCCCCCCGGCAACAAGGACGUGCUGAUCCUCGCGGCCGCCUACUCCGGCGACGUGGACCGGUACGCGCGCCUGCGCCGCCCGCGCAUGGUCCGCGGCGAGGCGGCCUGCGCGGCGCGCGGCAUCUACCACAACCCCUUCUUCGCGACCUGGUGGGCCACGACCGCGGCAGUCCAAGGCCGGCCGGAGGAGGAGGAGCGGCUGUUGUCCGGGGAGCCGCGGCGGCACGCGGCGUGGGUGGCGCGCGCGGUGCACGCCCGCAUGAUCAUGAGCAACGACCUGAGCCGGCUCACGCCCGCCACGCCGCGCUCGCACCUGCCGUACCUCAUCUGGUACCCGGCCGUCGCGCGGCCCUCUACGUAUCGGGAGGUGGCGCGGCGAGUCCCCGCGAUGCGCGCGGCGGUGCUCCGCGCGGCCGUGCACGUGCGCGACCGCGGGCUCUUCGACGAGCUGGUCGGCGAGGUCGAGCCGGACCCGUUUGUGCUGAGCGAAGCGCGGGCGCGCGACUCUGAGGAGGGGGAGCCGUCGUACUACACGCGGCGACUGCUGGAGCGCGCUGACCAGCUGGGCCUCGCGGAGGCGAUCCGGGACCCGAGCGGAGGAGGCAGAUGGGGCUUGUCGGAGGGGUGGAAGCGGUUCGGGGUGAGGCCGGACGUGGCGUGUUCGGGGACGGCGCCGACGGGGAAUUGGCUGCAUGACGGGCCGGUGGUGGUGGGCGCGAUGCAGGACCCGGGGAUUUACAACGAGGCGUGGGCGGACGGGGGGGGGGCUUGA